AUGAGAGAAAGUAUUUGCUUGGAACCGCAGCAACCCGCCCUGUCAUUGCAAAGGCAUGUAUUAUUAUUAUCAUUAGUCUUGCGUCAACUCAGCAUGCUAAAUCUUGUGGCUCCGUGGAGAGACUGGGAUAUUACAGGGAGAGAAUAUGCUAUUGAGUUUGCUAAGAAGCAUAACGUACCGGUUCCUGUAACCAAAAAAUCUAUAUAUAGCAGGGACAGGAACCUUUGGCAUGUAACAAUUUGGAUGAUCCGGCCAAUGAACCUAAAAAGGACUUGUACAUGCUGA